UUAGGACUCCAAGUUGGGGGAUCCAAGGCCAACUACAUAUAGCCAGGCGCAGGUCCAACCUCGUGAGGCAGACACACUUGUAUCGCUUCUUGUGCUUGUUCCUCCCCCUGGUCAUCAUUCAUUCCUCGUACCCGCGCACAAGUCUGCCCUCGACAGGAAAGGCACAGUGAGAGGGGAAGCGCAUUGGACUCACCAUGCCGUCACUCAGCUACUCGAACAUCGCAGCCUCUUUGAGCACCGCGCCUGCACCGCCUGCCCAGGCGCACGCGAACACAAACCAUGUCCAGGAUGCCGCAGUCGCUCCCUCCACCAUUCAGAGCAACUAUAGUCUCUUAGAGCCAGUCCCAUCUCCUCAACAGCUCCAGUUCGCAAGGGCUGUCAUACUCACUUUGGACCUCUGGCCUGCUAUGCGCCUGGCUGUCGACGAAGAAUGGGGUGGCCCAGAGAGCCGCGACAAGGCAGAGUACCUCGCUAGCGCAGUGUGUGAUAUGUGCGAUGAGUCUGCCGCCGCUCUAGCAGCCAAUCCUUCUGCAGGCGCACAAGCAGCACCAGAUGAGGACGACCUGGAAGAGGUGCUCGAGUCAUACGUGUCGUAUGAAUUUAACGUCCGCCUGGAAGACGGCUCGGUCCAAUAUGUUGCCAAGAGGCUUGUCGCACUGUGGAAGACGAUCUUUCUAGAAGGCCCAGGCGCAGGAGGUGCAGCGCUUCAAGAUCUUGAAGAAGCUUACACAAAGCUUCGAGGGAGCAAAGUUGCGGCUCAACGGCAAGCACAAGACCAAGACCUGGAAAGCGACAGCGACAGCGAAGAUGGUAGCGAAACUGGCGAAGCAAAUGGGCAUCAACCACCAGCCGAGAAAAUUGCAGGCGAGAUGGACGUCGAUGAUGCUCCACUAAUUCAACCCAAUAUUGACGAGGAUGGUUUUAUGCUCGUCAGAAGCAACAGAAAGAAUCGAUAAGCGCUCGUACUAGGCAAGACCGUACACGACUCCAUAUUACCCGCGUCCCAUCAUGAUGCAAUCUAGCGAUCGCUCGCAAUUAACGCCUGGAUGCCAUUGCGGUUACUUAACUUAGCUAUACGCUGCUUGGUUUCAUGCUUUCGCAGCACUUUCAAAAGCUGUGAGCGUGCGAAUGCUGUUCGACACACAGCACAUUGAAAUACGUUGGGCAGCCACAAGGCGCAGGUGCCACAACCGAGCAAACUCUU